GAUUUAAAGACCAGUGUUGCGAUGAGCCUUUUGAUUGGUUGAUGUAACAAGCACCGCGAUUUUCAAAAUUCUUAGCACGAGAGGCGAUCAGUUGAGGUGGAGGUGAUCAGUGCGUUUGGUUCUACAGAAUUCUUCUAAAAGAAGGUGGGUUAUUCUCUUCAAGAUGUCUGGUGGUAACAACUUUAUUAUAUCCUCCAUGGAUGACUUCAGUAAAAUCGAGAAAAUUGGAGAAGGUACAUAUGGUGUAGUAUACAAGGCAAAGAAUUUAAAAACUGGUGGAUUUGCUGCAUUGAAGAAGAUUCGACUUGAGGUUGAAGAUGAAGGUAUCCCCAGUACAGCCGUGAGGGAAAUCUCUCUUCUCAAAGAACUCCGUCAUCAUCCAAAUGUCGUGGAAUUGCAGCAUAUUUUGCACCAAGAACCCAAACUGUAUCUAGUCUUUGAAUAUCUAACCUGUGAUUUAAAGAAACACCUGGACACAACACGAGGAAUGUUGGACAAGACCCUUGUUAAGAGUUACCUGUAUCAAAUCACAAAUGCAAUAUACUUCUGUCAUGCAAGAAGGAUACUUCACAGAGAUCUCAAGCCACAAAAUCUAUUAAUUGACUCUAAAGGACUUAUAAAGCUGGCCGACUUUGGCCUUGGAAGAGCAUUUGGAAUUCCUGUUAGAGCAUAUACACACGAGGUGGUUACCCUGUGGUACCGCGCACCAGAGGUUUUGUUAGGAGGGCAGCGGUAUUCCUGCCCUAUUGAUGUCUGGAGUAUUGGGACAAUCUUCGCCGAGAUGGUAACCAAGCGGCCGCUUUUCCAUGGCGACUCUGAAAUUGAUCAACUAUUUCGUAUUUUUAGGAUUCUUGGUACUCCCACAGAAGAAACAUGGAAGGGUGUCACAUCCCUACCUGACUACAAACCAACGUUUCCCAAGUGGGCUGGUGAUGGCCUAAAGAAAGCUGUACCCCAGCUGGACAGUGAUGGACUGGACCUUUUAAAGAAAAUGUUGAUCUACGACCCUGCUCUGAGGAUAUCUGCAAAGACGUCAUUAAAGCAUCCUUACUUUCUCAAUGACCCUAAAUUUGACAUCAACUCCCUUCCAAAGACACCUGAAGUUGAUUCAGUUAUGUGAUCGGGUUAACAGAUAGUUAACUCCUCAACGCUAAAAUUCCAUUGUACAUAUAGGGAAAAUAAAUAUAGUCUGUUUUUGAUUAUUUCUUUACCACUCCCUUGAUUAUAUUCCUUGUUUUACUUUUGCAUAAUUAUUAUUGGCUGGAUGAAUCUAGGGACCUUA